UUUCGAGCGAUCAUUCUUUUUGCAGAAAGCCAUUCACAGCAACAGUCCAAUUCUCACUUUUGUUGCGAUAACAGAUGUGAAGACGUAAAAAGUUUCGGCUAGGAAAACCAUGUCCUUGUUCCGCAAAAUGUUACCAUUACUGGUACCAAUAUUUUUGGUUCUGAUCUCAAAUGUAGUGGCCGGUCCAACUCUAAUAUCGAAACCCACCAGUGGAGAACAGCUGAACGAGGAACCGAUCUUUGGCGUUUUGGUAUUGGAAACGGAUUUCAGUGAGCAGUACACCAGCUACCUGCCGGCGUCGUACGUAAAGUUUCUGGAAGGUGCCGGGGCAAGGGUCGUCCCGAUAUGGAUCAACCGAACACGUGAAUACUACCGGGACAUCCUGUCGCAACUGGAUGGAGUGCUACUUCCCGGAGGAGCUGUAUCGUUCGAGGCACCCCACGGAUAUGCCGAGGCCGGUUUUCACAUCUACCAGCUGGCGAAGGAAUUUAAUCGAAACGGGGAAUACUUCCCCAUAUGGGGAGUGUGUUUGGGCUUCGAACUGUUGGCUUUCCUGGCGGCUGGCCGGGUUAAUCAACUAACCGAUUGCAAUUCGAUUGGUCAAUCGAUGGCCUUGCAGUUCAAGCCGGACUUUCGCGAUAGUCGACUUUUUGCCGGACUGCCCCAGGAUAUGGAACGAAUUCUUUCGACCGAAUCAGUGACGGCAAACUUUCACCAAUACUGCAUCACGGAGCAGAACUUCACCAGUCUGAGCAAAAACUGGAGAAUCAUGUCCACGAAUCGGGAUUGGAAUGGACUGGAAUUCAUUUCUUCAAUGGAACAUAAGAGCUACCCUUUCUACGGAGUCCAAUUCCACCCGGAGAAAAGUAUCUACGAAUGGGUCGGAGGAAGAAAUAUAUCCCACAGUUCCGAUGCUGUUCGAGUUAUGCAAUAUUUCGCAGACUUUGUCGUUGAUGAAGCCCGCAAAAGUUUGCAUCACUUCGACAGCGACGCGGAGGCAAAUCGGCAUUUGGUUUACAACUUCCCGGAAACAUUCACCGGGGCCAACAAGUCGGUCUUCCAACAGAUUUAUUUGUUUGAGCAGGGUGCGGAUUACCCUGAAAAGCGAAAGAUGGCUAGGAAGAUCAAACGGAAGCAGUAUGUAGAACAAUUUUAAAAAAGGUUUUCUUUCAACUCAAA